CUUCUAAUAUCUCAUAUAUGUUGGCGACAUUGAUUACCGAAAUUGAGGUUAUGUAAUCCCGAAUUUGUUUGUUUGAUUAUUAAAUUAAUAUAAAAAUGGCAACAAUUCGGGCACAUUUACAAGGAAUUAUCACAAAAGUCCGUUUAUUGCAUCCUCAAUCAUGCAACAUGGCCCAAAUCCGGAAUUCCAGCUUCAACUCGAGUAAAUUUCUUGUGGACGUCGAUGUUACCACAAAAUAUGAAACAACAAAGAGUCCUGAAGACUGGAAAUACGUCGAGAGAAUCCUCCCAGUUGCUACAGUCCCAGAACCGAAGAAAUUGCCAGUGUAUGCGUCAGGCUGGAAGCCCCAAGCCGACGACCUCACAGACCGCCCCUACUUUGUCGCGAGGACUCGCAACCACAUGAUGCCGGUUUACCUAGAUAUCCGUCAAAGGGGGACUGCAAGACACACAAUUAUUAAAAAAAUUCAGGGCGAUAUUUGGCAACUAGAGAAGGAACUACGCCCCUUUCUGGAGGACUUAGUCAAGCCGAAAAACCUACGACUGCAAGUCAACGAGUUUGCGGGUAAAAUUAGUAUAAACGGCGAUCACGUGAACGCAAUAAAAUACUGGCUAGGUGAACGAAAUUUAUAAUUAAAUAAAUUGAAUACAUUGUUGCUUAA